GAAUAAAAUAAAUAUUUCUUCAAAGUUUUGUGAAAAGUAGACAAAUAGAGACACGGAGAAGCGAAAGAGUCCCACUUCAAAUUGUAUCACUCAAAACACCCAAGAUGAGGAGCCAUUUUGGGAUGUCGAGCAAAGUGCGAUGAAACUAAACCCUAAAAAUCCACUCACCUUAAAGAUUUUCACAUCAAUACACAAUCAAGAGGGCCCAGCUAAGCUAGCAGAGGAAUUUCAAUUUUGGCUUAACACAAGCGCUGAAAUGUCAUCGAAUAACUCGGAAAAACUUAGCCUAUUGGCAGAAACGCACCUCUGGACUUUUCUCUUACACUCGUCUUAUUCAAGUUCACGGAUGUAGAGUCACACGGUCGGCAGAUCAGCUUAGCCUUGUUGUCACUCCAGAAAAAAAGUCUUGGCCCGGGGUCAAAGUUCACCUCCAAUUUUGCUCUCACCUAAUUCAUUUGACUCCUAAUAGCCUGUUGCCGAUGCCAAAGGCUUAGUGGUCACCUUAGAAAAGCGAACAAUAUCGUACCUUUCUGUCUCAGCCCUGAUCAAGGUGACUGAUCCGUUUAGCCAAAUGAAACGAGAAUAUUUAACAAUUAUUCCUCGAGCCCGAAUGGGCUCUGAGUCAAUAGCCAUGAGGCAGAAGGCCGAAUGGGCUAUUGUCUCAGAGGCCAUGAGGGCGAGAAGAAUAAUUGUUUUAGUAAAAUCCAACUAGUUGGUCUAAAAUAUCAAGAAUAAAAAAAAUUAUGUAGUUAAAGCUAGACUUUAAUCCUUUUUUGCCGCCAAAAAGCGAGCGCUUUUCGCUACUAAUGGGCUAUAACGUAAAGCCUAGUAGUAGCUCAACCAAUCAGAACGCAGCAUUGAUAAUAGACCACUAGUUGGAUUUUACUAAAAUACGAUUAUUGGACGAUGCAGACUCCGCGAAUCGUAAUAACUUUGUCCCAUCUCAGAGCUUUACAUGAUGCUCUCUGGGAAACUUUUCUCAAGGUGAUCAAUAUCUAAAAGUAAACUACAAAACAGUACCGAAACCAGCUUCAGGCGCGCACUGAUUUCAAAUAACUGUCACUUGUGUUAAACAAAAAAAAAAAGGAAGGGAGGGGGGAUGGAGGGGGGUGCGGGUAAGAUAGCAAUUCUGUCUACACUAUCCACUAACCACAAAGCACGCAAAAAAAAAAUCCGGUUUCCAUAACUCCAGGUAUAGAUUUAAGUGCAGUCAUACAAUCUCGAUGAAGAAUUUAAACGUUAAACACUGAGAAGGGCAUCUGUAGCUACCUCCUGAAAUUCUAUCGUAGGAAUGGCGAGACGCGGUGGGGAGAGCCAAUCAGAGUUUUGUCUUGUGAGAGCAACGCAUAAGGUCAAAAGCUUGGAUUUUGUCUGUAGUCCCUCAUUUUUCUCUAUCUUUUCCUCUUCUCACCUUUUCUCGCGUGGGGUGAUUUUCACGCGCGCCCGCGUUUUGUUCGCUCUACUAUCCCUCAGGAAAUAUGAGGAAUACUCGUAGUCUACCGCCAAAUCAGCCUUUUGCGUCCAACUGGUUCUUCCGGCCAAAAGUGGCCAUCAUAAACGAGAUAUAAAAGUGAGUGCAACCAUUGCCUUUUUGCUUCUCCUCCUUUCGUUCACCCCGCGCUCUUUCUUUUUUUCUCCUUUCCAUGCCUUCGUUACUGUGAUGUUGGAGCUUCUCGGGCUUAAGAAACCUACCUUAAUGACCCCUUUUCACUCAAAUAACUGCAAAUUUCGUUAGGUUGGUUUUCAAAAAAUUGGUUAGAUGUUUCCAGAGAAUUCUGCUAAUCUUUGAAAAUGGCAGGUGAAGUUUCAGGCCCUUUGGCAUCAACGCUGCUCAUUUUGCAAAAUAUUCUAGCCCGAUUUUCGGUAAAGUCACCACCAAAUGGGCCGGCUUUUGCGUCUAACAGUUUUUUUCGGCCGAAAACCCGACUUUUGACGCCUGUGUGAAAGUGCACCCGUGAGUCACGCGCUGCUAUUCACAAGUUUCUUUGUGUCGAAACAGCGUCGGCUCUACUCUAUGCCAAGGAAACUACAACCGCUCAGCUGUGAAGGCAGUUUUGUUUUCCUGAUCGCUUGGUUAUUCUAAAUGAAGAUAGAAUACUUUCAAACGAUCAGGAAAAGGGAUUUUGCAGAAAUUCUAGAAAAUGUUCUGACUGCCGGGCAUUUAGUUUUUUUAAGACCCUCCCGCAGCUGCCGGACAUAUAGCCACAGUGUUGUGAUCAUUACUGCCGCUCCUUGGUCCUUUCUAAUUAAAAUCAGCUAGUAAAGUGUUUUAAUUUAAAACACCUGAACUUAAGAAAAUAGAGCAAGUCUUAAUAUGUUCUUCAAUGCGUGAUCAACCUUACCAGUUGAAAGGUGAUUGUAGAACGUUUCGGAUAUCUAGUUGCAAAAUUUGGCGUUUGUAAACCAUUUGUCUAUUUACAUACAGCUAUUUUGAGAAAGGUUGUCGGAAAAAGUGCACGCGACAAUCUCGAAAGGUAUUGUGGGUGUUUUUGAGUUCACUGUUCUUCAAAGAAAUUUGAGAGAAUGGCACGAGAAGCCAUGGACAUAUGUUUGCUAGUGCUAAAGUAAGGUAACAAACGUAGGUUCGACAGCUACAGUGUCAGGAACAGUGGAUUGAUCGUAUCCCAUAUUACCUUUCAGGAUUCUCGCGUGCACAUUUUUUCCGACAACCUUCCUCGAAAUAGCUGUAUGUAGUUUUAAACGCUGUACCUAGAAAUAUCACUGGUAACUACAAUAAGAAAUGUUGUCAUUCGUUGGCUAUAUAGGCUGUGGUAUUGUUAGUAUGUCUGACAGUCUCCACUCUAGCUCCGAUUCUUGCCAAUCUCGUGCAGGCCUACCAAGCCCAUUUUUAUGAUUUCAAUAUAAAGCUAAAAGGACCUCGAAUUAGAACUUCAUGGCGUUUUGAGGAUACCUAGAUCACCCCAUAAAUGAGAACCUUAAGGUCUUGACUCAGCCUCAGCUCAAAAGGUGAGGUUCCUAUCAAAAAAUAACAAUAAAUAUAUAAAGAAGUACUUUAGACACUGCAUACACAAUUAAUGACGUUUAUCAAAUCACACUCUACUCAGUAACAUAUCAUGCAAGCGCUCCCCUAAAAUUAAGAAGAACGUCCUCUCGCUUAAAAAAUUAGUCAAAAAUAUUUUGUUUACAUGUGUGUUCGUGAUUCUAAUAUUUCAGUUUCAGACCAAGUUAUGCCCUUCAUAAACUGCGGUUUCAUUUUGAGCACUUUAGUUAUUAUCAUAUCCAACUGGUGUCACUUUAAACAAACGUUGACAUGAACGUGAAAGCCUUUUACCAACAAGGCUCUAAGCUUUCCGUUUGGCACACUAACAGAAAAAAAAAAACAAACAAUGGAACGUAACACUUGAGGAAUCUUUGGAGGGAGGGGAUGCCGGUGUUAGUAUAAACCACUGGAUUAGGAAAGAAACAAAGGGUGACUGUUUUUGCCUUCAAUUUAGAUAACAACUUUUGGGGCCCGGUGACAAUCUGAAAUACCUCCUCCCAGAGUUUGCUAGGUUCCCCCUCGCAUUGUUAAGUCAGUACCAUCUCUGGACAGAUUGAUGGAUCCAACACGUAAAAAACUUGCGUGCUUUGAAUCUCAACUUCCCUUUGUUACUGGAAGCAGAAUGGUCGGAGAGUGCACUUUUUUGCUGUGCACCUUAUACAGUGCUCUUUCCCCAGAGGAUUGAAGGUAACUUACGUUAAGCAUUGCACUUUAUUACGGCAUGUCAAAAUAUUCCAGCGGGUUCCCCGUGCCUUGGCUGAACUGUACAUGUUUCAGAGCCCGCGCUCCCUGCUUUUUUGAUAAUUUCUGAAGUAUUAAUUUACAGCUUUUGAUUAUAUUUGAACAAGGACCCGAGAGAGUGAGAAAGUGAAUAUUUUUUCUAAGUUAAAUUUUGAGGCAGGAACUGAAUAAUUAAAACUAGUGACAUCCGAUAUUGAACUGCAGAGCUUGCUAGCUAAGGUAAUAUUUUUGUUCAGGUUUCAAAUACCAUCCCCAGUGCUGCCUAUAAAACCGGAACAAAACUGAAUGCAGGGCUGGCAGUACGGUAAAGGGCUGUUUUAUUUGAGUUCAAUAUUUCGGCUAACAAAAUUAGCCUUCCUCAGGGGGGUGGUGGGGGUUAACUCAACAAAUGUUUAUAUAUACGGGGAGAUACGGAGAGGCUCCACCCCAAGGUCUAACCCCUUACCCUUUAUACACCAUUUUUCACGAGAAGUUACUCAUUUCGCAUACCCUCUAUUGACAAAUCAGGUGACCGUUUCACAUACCUUGAUUAGAAUUUUGCAUCCCUUUCCAGACAGGUAACUAAUUAUACAAUAAAGUGGUUGAUAACGUACAGUUCAAGUUCGUCCUUGGGGUUUAAACCAUGAUCUGGUGUACGAGUUUCCCUCGGCUCCAUUUAUGAGGUAAGCUUCUCUUGCUUUACGGCGUGACAUGCUGGGUGUAGGUUGAAGUUCAAAAGAAAUAAGUUCUAUGUCUGUUAUUGAGUGGCCAGGAUGGUUGAAGUGCGAUGGGACUGCAGCUGUUGCGUUAGCGUGGAGUGGAUUGUUUUGGUAACCGAAAUAUUGGCCUCAAAUAAAACAGCCAUUUGCCGCAUUAAUUACCAGACUUGCAUUCAGUUUUGUUCUAAUUCCCACUUCAAGUGGCGUCUGGCAUUUGCAUCUCUACAUUAGAGAUCCGGCAAGAAAGAACCAGUCGGUUUUAUUUACGCGUUGAGUGGACCUCUGCAUCAAAGGUUUAUAAAAUCGGGUAAGUGAUAUCCAAAUAUCACUAAAGGUAGACUAUAUAUCCAAAUAAUCCGGUAUCCUCUGACGAUAUCAUUUUCACGAAUAUGCUUGUAUACCUAGUUUGAGAGUAAACCAUUCUGUUUAAUUACGACAGCUACUAAUUUGAGUUUUUAAAUCGCAGAGCCCAACUUUUUUGCACUGAGUACAUCCAUCGAAACCCUCCAGUUAAGAACAAAAGCGGUUGCCUUAUGAGUACUUAACUUCGCAAUGUUGGCAACACAGUAUUUCGCAGGGUUAUAUUUUCGCGAUUUCAAAGGCAAAAACGAAAAAAGGCAUUAAAUUUCGCAUUUUAAGCGUUCUCAACUUUAUUUUGUUUUUCAAAAAGUUAUAAUUAUGUUUCUUUAAAAAUUUUCUUUAAAAACUGGAACAAGUAAUGUGUGAAAUCUCACAACUGAAGAGACAAAAUGAACUUGCUAGAAACAAUUGUGUUUUUGUCGAUACAUAUCCCAUUUACCUGUUGAAAUUUAUUUUCCUGUGAUUUGAAUUUUCUAUAUGGGUACUGAUCCAAAGGCUAGACCACCUGCUACUUAUGACGUCAUAUCUCUUAACCAUAGUAACUGACCAUCACCAAACUUGUCUCAAAAUGCUCGCGAGGGAUAAACGAACAGCUACUGAAAACUUCAGGUGCUGAUGUUUUACCGUCUAGGAAAAAAAAUUCAGAACCUUCACCCGCCCCACCCCUCCCUAAUCCCCAUCUCGGAAAUUGGAUUGGAAUAGUUUUUUAUAUUUCACUAUUGAUGAAAAAAAUUGAGGAGAGCCGACAAAACAACAGCGAAAGAGGAAAAAAGCAGAACGAGACGUAGGCUUGCACUUUUUAUCAGAGACAAGCUUCAGCUAAGCUUUAAUAAGCUGAUAUGCUUCUGUUUAUUUUUAAACCGGUUAUUUCACCCAAAAUCGUUCAUUUUUAUUUGUACAUCCAGAAAAAAAGUUAUUAUUACUUGUAAUUCCUACUUCAUAUCCUUACUCAUAUUAUAACUUUUACCAAGCGUUUUUUUAAUACAAACAAUAUAAGCUUACUUCGUUUUCUUUGUCAUUUCGCGGUGUGUAUACGUAGCGGCAUAUUUUGCCAUCUUAGGAUUUUGUCAAAGAUUUGAAAUAAAAGGCUGGCAAAAUGAUACAUGUCUCAAUAUGUAUAUAAUAAACACAAUUGCACACGGAAAGUGUUUGUACGCACUUUCCAUGAAGUAUUCUAUAUUUAUUUAGCUUAGGCGAUAUUUCAUUUCUGUUUUAACUUCACAUAACUGAAAUUGGUGCUACAUACGUAAGAUGUAACUUUAAAAUAUGAGAGAAAUAAAAUGUGCGAGCUGGGAAGCUAAAUAAACUAUAUGGUUUUCUCGUUUGCUCCCCACCCAAUUAAAGUCGGUAUGUAAGCAGGUGAAAACAGAAGAAAAAGGAAUAAAUAAAUAAAUUAAUAAAUUAGAUGAAUAAAUAAUUGAGUAACUGAGUAACAGAAAGCAAAAACAAAGGGCACGCAAACCCGCCCUUCCCCACCCACCCCUCAGCCCGAAUAGGAAAAACGUCUGUGUCUUUUUUACAUUUUGGUUAAUUUUCCGUGGGUUGCUAAUAAAUAAUUUUAUUUCUGUCCUUCACAGUACAUAAUGUUUGAGUAAUCUGGGAAAUGCGAAAGUGCUCGAGUCUUUUAUUGAAGAAGGAUGGAUGAUCUUUCCAAAUAUCUAUAGCGAUGAAAGAGAGUGAUUGUUUUUAUACAUUACUUCGCACUCCAAAUUUAUAAAGAUUCUGUUAAGCUGCAUAUGUUGUGCCGUAUCCAUAUAUAUAAUUAUAUUACUGCCAUUUUGAAACAUCUCAUUAAAUACUCCAGAUAUACUGCAGGCCUUUAUGCCACGAAUAAUGAAGGUGAUUAUUAUCGACUGUUAAAAUUCUUAUCAAACGCUAACGUACAUUCUUAGCCGCUAAUUCCAAAGAUAUGCAAGCCUCUAACUCAACUUGUUUUUCUCUCUAGAUGUAUUUUUUUAAAAAGACAUCUUCCAUUUUUAAGUGCAGGGGCGUUAAGGAUUUAGAGACAAAGUUUUGAAUAAUUGAUGCUGCAGACAUAAACAAGCUAAAUUAGCAAUGUCAAAACAAAAAGACUUGAAGAGAUUCUACUUGGCAUGGCUUCAUUCAAAAGUGGCCACUAAAAUUAUUGGUCACUGAUUGUUCCAUAGAGUGAGAGCGACGCUGCCAAACUUCGCAAGCCCAGCAAUCCAGUUUCUGAAACCAAGUAACUCAUAAAAUAAAACUUCAAGGAAGACUUGGUACUUUACACUUUCCUACAAAAUUCUGGUGAGUAAGGACCAGCUAAAAAAUAAAAUAAAAAUAAAUAAACUGAGGAGCAGGUUUCAUGAACCAGAGUAUUUUGUAUAGCAAAUACAAAGGUUCGAAACCAUAUUUGAUUAAUGAAAUAAAACCAUGUGUAAACAUGGGAAUAGUAUCACGGACCAUGGGAUUUGAUCCAUACCGAGUCUCAAAAGUUAGACCUACAUAUUAAGUAAAUAGCACCACGUGAAAGUUCUGCUGAAGAAGUUUCAAUUGAAUGGUAACAUCAUAGGAUUCCAUACACAGACACAAAAGUUAGAACUACAUACCAAAUAAAUAGCAGCAUGUGAAAGUACUGCUGAAGAGGUUUCGUUUGCAUGCAGACUCAAAAGUUAGACUAACAUAUUAAGUAAAUAGCACCAUGUAAAAGUAUCGCUAAAGAGGUUUUACAAAUUUGCCUGAUGAUUUUGCUCCCAGAAACAGAGUCUAUAGAGGGACCUAUUGGCUCCUGAACUUUGUAAAAGACUGCUGAAUUUUAAAGAUGUCAAGUGACCACAAGCAAUUAAGUUCACAAGAUAGCCGUUGAAAUAUGAUACAACUAUCUAAGGGGAGGUGAAUAGUGCUGGUAGUAUUAUUUAGUGCGUUCACCGACCCUGAUAGGGCGAUAUUUGUUCAGUUUAGUAUUUACCAAAUCAGUUGGAUAAAAAUGAAAAAAGUAACUUUUUGUAAAUUAAAAACGUCACUUAGAUAAGAAACUAUAUUUACAAUUCACAAACAUUUACGUUAUUUUUUCAAGUGCAUUUUUACGCUUUUGUUGCAAAUUCAGCAUGAAAAUAAUUUCUACCUACCGGUAAACACUGACAAGCUAAAGUUAUUCGCUUUCUUGGUAUUUGUUUGUGCCACUGAUUCAUUUAUCGUUUAAAUUUCGUGUUCCGAAAAUGUCUCGAAGCGACACGGACGACACGCCAUCUUGGCUCCGGUCGCAAAACGGUAAAUAGCCAAGGAUAUUCCGAGUUACGGGAGCCAAUCACUAACGCGCGGAAAAGUGCUAUUCACCAAUUUGGUAAGUACAAUUCAAAAUCUUAAACGUCGAUAAAACGGCUUCCAAAUGGUUUUAGAAGUGAAGAAACAGCAAAAAUAAAACACAAAACCAAAAUCACAAGGUGCGUCAUUUUUAUUUCUAUUUGGAAUUUAGGACGUAUUUUGACCAUUUUCAUACCCCCAGUUCUCUUAUAAAGUCUUACAACUCCCACAGAGUUUGGGCCGCCUCUGUCUCAUGAUCUUCGAUCUAUGCGCUGUAUAAGACACCUACCGGUGCAGAAAUGAACAAGACAGUCAAGACUUCAGUUGAGAUCGAAUUAAAAGUUCUUAGUUUUAAGAGUAUCCGAGUUCUUAAGUUAGGGUUUGUGCUUAACCUUUUUUCAGAAAGUGAGAGCUUUUGGAAUCGUAAAUGGCCUAUUGUAUUGUUUGGUCAACCGACAUCGCCGCCUUCAAGCUUUUCACAAACCAAGCAAACCAAACAACCCUUCCUUUUUUGAUAGGACCCGUUUGCGAGAGCCGAAUAUUUAUUCAAAGUUAAAUUUUGAAGCAGGAACUGAAUAAAACUACUGAUACCCAACAUCAACUGAGUUUCAUAGAAUGAACUGCAAGUUUGCUAAGUAUAUAUUUUGGUUCAGGUUUCAAAUAACAAUUUCAAGAAUCGUUAGUCACGAUUGUUUUGAAUAGAGAAGGAAAAUAACUCACAAAAAUAGUCGCGCUAUUAAACCCGCAAUUACAAACAGUACAAAGUCACCAACUUCGUAAAACGAGUAGAGUCUCCGCCACAUCCUUUAGAGCCAUACUCUUUAAUUUAGUGCUGUCUAUAAAAGCAGUCGGUAAGUGAUAUCCAAAAAUUACCAAUAAAGACUAGUCUAAAUAUUCCGCUACCCUUUGAUAAUAUUUUUUAUGAACUAGACGAGUACUUGUCUACCUAUUUUGGGAGUAAACCGGCAUACUGUUUCGUUACAACAGCUAUUUUAUUUAAUUUGAGUUUUGAAAUCUCAGAGCCCAAAAUUUGAGGGCUGAGUACAUUCAUCGAAACCCUCCAGGUAAGAGCAAAGCGGUUAUAUGCGAAAAUGGAGUUUAUGUGACGAAAAUUUGCAAAAUAUAGAUGCAUAAUUAGAUUUCUUUGAAAUGGCUAAUUUGUGAAGUAUUUUGAAGAUGGACAAUGUAUCGUGUCCAGCUAAAGAAAUCAAACUUUUUUUUUGUACAUUUUAGAAACGGAAAUAGAAACAUUAUUUAAACGUUGAAAUUCUCAGUGACUUUUUUUCCGAAAUGUUUUCUUCAGAAAGAGAUGCAAGCCUCUAAGGGCCUUGUCAGAUAUUAGCAGAAGGGGAGGGGGGUGGGUGGAAAUGGAGGGAGGGUCACAACUUUUUGAGACUCAGAAAAGGGAGGGGUCAUGAAAAAUGGGCCGUUAAAAGGGGGAGGGUCAUGCAAAUAUAGGCCCGUGGUCAUGUAGAGGUUCACCUGCAGAAGAAAAAGGAAGUUCUUUAUUUGAUAAAAAAAAAAAAAAAAAGAAAAAAAAUUAAAGAACAACGGUUAGCUCAGUUGGGAGAGCGCCGGUCUGCUGAGCGGGAGGCCGUAGGUUCAAACCCCGGCCGGACCAACACUCAGGGUCUUUAAAUAACUGAGGAGAAAGUGCUGUCUUUGUAAUAACAUCUGCAAAUGGUUAGACUUUCUAGUCUUCUCGGAUAAGGACGAUAAGCCGUAGGCCCCGUCUCACAAGCCCUUGCACAUGUAAUAAAUCUGUGGGACGUUAAAGAACCCACACACUCUUCGUAAAGAGUAGGGCAUGUAGUGCCCGGUGUAGUGGACUAUCUCACUUUCACACUCAUGUAUGGGGGCAUCAUCACUCAUUCCUUCAGUACUUGUAAACUGCACCCUAAGCAGUCUGGCAAAGUCCCCCAACCAGUGUUGUAAAUUAUCCCUGAAAAGCCCUGUGGGGAGUGGAUAAUAAGAUAUUUACAAUUACAAUUACAAACUGUGAAGUACUAUUGCAAGAAUUUAACAAACAUCUACUUUUCAUUUAUUACACGGCAAUGCUAUAGAGUCUUAUUGCAUUUUUAUUAUGAAUAAUGUUGUUAUUAAUGUUAUCAGAGUUUUGGCUAUCCUUUUCAUCACUGUCUUCAGCGUCACCAUCAAUGCCGUUGUGAGCAUCUUGAUCAUCAUCAUUUAUGUCAUCAGCAUUGAUACAAUCACUUUCAUCAUCAUCAUGAUUUUCAUUUAACUUGAAGCUUGGAUAUUGCUUGAUAAUUUCCUGUUAUUCAUUGGUGAACAAUCCCUUCUCAAAGGCGUAUUGGGUAUAUGGCCUUUGUGUUUUGAGGAGCCCACUUAUUCUUUCAUAAUGAAGAGAUAAUGGGCCAAUAGGCUCUAAAAUUAUGCGACUCUUGCUGAGGUGCAAUGGUUUCAAUAACUUUUUGCAGUUAGCUUCCAUUCUUUUUGCCCUAGCUUUUUUUUGCUUUCCAUUUUUUUUUGUUUUUGUUUCCUUUUUCCCCCUCCCCCACUGCUAAUUUCUGACAAGUCCCUAACUACCAUGCUACCAUGCGGUGAGAUUACUAAAUAGAACCAUGUGGAAUUCCUACUGAAAAUGUCUCAUUUGUAUAUAGUUACCACCUUGGAUUUCAGCUGAUUUCAUUCACACCGACUCCAAAGUUAGAAGUGUUACUGCAUAUAUUUAAGUAAAUUGCACCAUGUGAAAGUGUUUUUAGAAGAGGUUUCAUAAGUUUGACGGAUUAAUAAAAUGGAUCGCUAAUAUAGAAAAUUUGAUAAUGAGUCCUUGGCUUAGCUUUGGACCAUCCAAAAGCGCAAAAAUCGUCAUCAAAAGAGAAAUGGCUAGGCUAUUACUUGAGUUUUACUAGGUUAUUGUCAUCGGUCAGAUAGAUGGACGUACCAUCCCUAUUAAUUAUGUACUAUUUACGACAUUUUUAUUUUUCAGUUCUGUCAAAAUGACGGCCAGUUACACCACUAGUAUCGCAUUCCUUUUUAUGCUGAGUCAAAUAUUCACUGAAACGCUCUCUCAACAAUGCAUCAAUGGUGGGUCAGAGAAAUCCAUCUCUGGCUGGAAGCUGCAAAACCACGUCUACAAGACGCUAAAGGCAAACUUUGGAUAUGAGUGCGUACUUAUUUGUCGUCAGGACAGCAGGUGCCAAAGUUUCAAUUGGGUGAUCUCUCUUAACAUGUGUGAGUUCAGCGACAGAACCAAAGAAGCUAGACCUGAAGAUUUUGUUCCCGAUCCAGACAGAUAUUAUUAUAGACGAGGCAUGAAGCGAGGUAAAGUUUAUGUUAGUUAAGAUCUCUCAGUAUUGAAAGAAGUUUUUAAGGGGCCUCGGUGCACUUUUCGUGGCGUCAUACCCGGAGACAUCUAAAUUUCAUUCAUCAUUUUCAGGAAAUAUUUACGCUAAUUUAUUAGAAAAAUUGGCAACUUUACUGAUCAAUAACACAUGAAGAUAUGCGAAACGUUCAUGUCCAGCAAUAAAAUAACUUGAAAAUGACAACAUUUUGCGCGAUUGGGACCUCGUAAUGAAAAUUAAUUAUCGGCAUCCUUAUUAUUGAGUGUUUCUUGGUGCCACGGAAACCAUUGUUGGUUCGCUUCUGUGUUCUGGUGUGGGUAGUGUCUAAUCAUUCUUUUGUAUAAUUACGUCAUUUAGUGAUUGCAGCAGUCCUCAACACCAAGAAAACACCUUAUUUGGCAGGUUAUUCUAAAACAAAAAUUUGUGUGUUUACCAGUUUAGUCAUACCGGAAAAAGCAUUAUUACAGCUUCUCCUCAUUGUUUUGUAGUUUCUAGAAUUUGUUAAAAAUCGGUGCCGCUGCUGCUGUCCGAUACGAUACUCCAGCCAGUCGUCCGCUUCGUCUCUCACAUAAUGAUCAUUCAUGUUUUUCAUAGCGGAGCACCAUAAGAAAAAAAUGGUAACUUAUAGAUAGGAGAAACUUCAGUUCAGUUCAGUUUAUUUAGCCAAAAUAAAUUACAAUACAAGUAUACAUAUAAGAAUUGUAAGUUGGCAAGGGAGCCCAGAAGAAACCAGAAGGCUUAUGAAGCCUGGGCUCCCCAGUCACAAAGAAAUAAGUAAAGUGAAAAUUGGCGUACAGUAAUGCAUUAAAAAUACUUGUAGUAACGAAAAACUAAACAAAGACUAAUGUAAGUUAAGAAUUCAAUAACAGGAAAGAAGAAAGUAUUUAACUCUGGAUUGGAACGAAUAUAAGGAGGGGGCAUCACAAAUGAAAGCAUUCAGCUUAUUAAAGAAAACAGGACCUUGAUAAAAAAACAGAAAACUUUCUUAUGUUGGGACGGCAGAAAGGAACAAUAUAAAAUCUAUUUGAGCUAUAGCGUGUUAUAACCAUGAAAUUGAUUAGUACGUGAAAUGGAUCUGGAAAAAACUGGAAGGAACUGAGUUAUUUUUAAAAGAAAACAUAAAUUUCCCAAGAG